UCGAACUUAACAACAUUUAAAAAUUGUAUUGAGUUGAAAAGCGCAGAGGGAUUAAAAAUAGCGAAUGGCGGACAGCAGGAAAGAGGCGAGACAUUUCCGUCGUCAGGGAAAGAAGAAGGGACCACCGGCGCAAGGACAUCCGCAGGAAUUGUUGACCAACGGGCAGCAAACUGCAGCUAAAAACGCUGUCAAGGCGAAUGGCAAGGCAAAGGCCGGCGUGAACGAAAAACUGACUCCCGAGGACGAGAAGGUACUGCGCAAGCUGGUCAACGAUUUUGUCCAAAGCCAGGAACCGGAGCGGCAGAUCAAUGGUCUUAACAAAACUCAGCGCAGCCACGUGCACCGAUUGGCCCAUGGUCGCGGCCUGAAGACGAUCAGCACAGGUCCCGAGGAGGAUCGCGUUCUGACCAUAACGCGUCCUCCACAAUCCGACGGGCUCCAGCACUAUCUAUUGGACAACGCCAAGCUACCCAUGAGUUCGGCGCUCCUCAAAGCUAUCAGCCAAAUGUACGGAAACGUGCAACAUCGAUUGAGCACAUCUGUUCCGGACCGUAAUCGUGCGAAAGAGCAGCGACGACACCCAUCCAACUUCGGUCUGGUCGGACAAAGGCUUAUUCCGCCGUUAAUAAGCAACUGCAGUAAGCAUUUUUCACUGGAGCGACGGUCCUUGCCCAUAUUUAAGCAGCGCGAAAACAUCCUGAGAGUCUUGCAGAAGAAGCAGGUUUUGAUCAUUAAGGGAGCCACUGGCUCUGGAAAGUCCACCCAACUUCCGCAGUACAUCCUCGAAAGGGCCGCUGAGAAUCGUGAGCCGGUUAGGAUCGUAGUAAGUCAGCCGCGUCGCAUUGCAGCGAUAAGUGUUUCAGAGCGCAUUUCCAGAGAACGCGGCGAGACGCCGGGCAGCACAGUGGGCUAUCAGAUUCGCAUGAACAGCAAAUGCAGCAGCCAUACGGUUCUCACGCUGACUACCAGUGGUUGCCUUUUGCGUGCUCUAGCCAUGGAUGGGGAGAAUUUCUUUAAGAACACCACCCACUUAAUUAUUGAUGAAGUGCAUGAGCGAGACUUGGACACAGAUUUCUUACUGCUGGCCACCAAGUUGGAACUGAAAAGGAAUCCCCAUCUUCGCGUGGUGCUCAUGUCUGCCACCAUGGACUUGAACGCUUUGUCCGAAUAUUUUGGUAAAGCUACUGUGAUGGAUGUGGAGGGUCGCAGCUUUGGGGUGAGGAUCUUUCAUCUGGAGGAUAUUCUCAGUGAGACUGGCUACCUGACCCAGAGAAUGGAGCAGUUUUUGGGGGAGCCGACGGGGGACGAAACUCGCGAGGAACUACUGGCAGCCUAUAACGGUGGUCGGACAAUCAUAGAUCCGGAUAUCGACAACGAUUUGAUAGUUUCGCUGUUGGAAUUGCUACUGUGCCGCGGCGACCCUGGAGCGGUUAUUGUAUACCUACCAGGCUACAACGAUAUGACUAUGCUUUUGGACCGCUUGGAUAGGGCUCUGCCGCGAAACCAGGUCAAAAUCAUGCUGCUGCACAGCCAGGUGGAUAACAAUGAGCAGCGCAAGGUCUUUCGUGUUUAUCAAGAUGUCCGCUUGAAGAUAAUUCUUAGUACAAACAUAGGCCAGACUUCAAUAACUAUUCCGGAUCUAAUCUACGUCAUCGACACGGGUCGCGUAAAGAUGAGAACUUAUGACCCGACCACGGAUGCCUCACAGUUAUGCAGUACGUGGAUCUCGCAGGCGGAUGCUAAACAGCGGGCAGGAAGAGCUGGACGCUUGCGGCAUGGCAUAUGCUAUCGACUCUUCGACAGUGAUCGCCUGGCCAGGAUGGAUAUGUACACAGUUCCGGAGAUCAGAAGGCGUACCUUAGAAGAGAUCUGUCUAUUGACCAAGGUGGCAGCUCCGGACAUGCUAAUAGCAUCCUUUCUAGCUAAGGCAUUUGAUCCUCCACAACCGGAGGCUGUGGUGCAGGCCUGUUUGAAACUGCAGCUCAUUGGCGUCCUUAAAGAACUGGAGGAAAGGCUCACACCGCUGGGACACAUCAUUGCCGAACUGCCCCUUGGCGUCCAAUUGGGCAAAUGUCUGGUGUACUCUAUUUAUUUCCGCUGCCUAGGCAGCAUGACCAUCAUCGCGGCCUAUCAUUCGGUAAGAGAUCCUUUUAUUCUGAACACAGAACGAGGUAAGAAAUCUGGCCACCAGAACGCCAGACUCCAUUUCGCUGGCGAUAUGAUGAGUGAUUCAUUGGCGGCCCUUAAGCUCUACGAUGAUUAUAGAAGCUUGAAGCGCCACGAAAUCGAUGACUUUUGUGAGCGUUAUUUCGUGUGUCGCCAUGCGUUGGAUAUGUUUGUCUCUGCAGUCGCUACUCUACGCGAAACUGUCAUCCGUAUAUUUCGGGCCAAUCAGACGAUGAUACGUUUGGCGUCCUCCUUUGACAGUGACACAAAUAUGAUUCGCCUCGCCUUGACGGCAGGUCUGUAUCCCAAGCUGGCUUACAUUGACCGCGAGAGGAAACAUCAGCUGAUUUCUGAAGGAGAUCCAUGUGUUAAAGUUUCGAGGAACUCUUGUCUUCUGGGCCGAAAAAAACAGAAGAAUUUGGCCACUGAUUGGAUCGUGUUCGUUGAGAAGACCCGCAAUGUGGAGCAGAUGUCCUCGUUGGAGCAUACCACUUUGGUGAGUGGCUUGAUGGUGGCUCUCGUAGGUGGAAAGAAAUUCACAAUAGAGUCGCAUGACGACGGCGCACUCCUGUGUCUGGACUCUUGGAUCCGUCUGCAAUGUCCAACUGAUUUUGGCUAUAAACUUCGCAAACUUCGGAGUCUUGUGGAACGCGAGGUCGCUGAGAUGGUUAAGACGCGCAAGCUUGACGGCGCUGCUGACUGGAUUGGUCCGGAGAUGCUUCGACGACUGAUGCUGGGGGAUGUGCCUUCAGUCUGCUUGGCCGAGGGCAAGAGUCUGCCCAGCAACGAUAACUGUGAUAACGACAAUUAAAUUUAACGCUUCGGAUAUCAGUUAGAAACUUCCAUUCGCAGUAUUCGCAAAACUUGUGCGUUUCAUAAGCCCAAGCCAGCCGAUCGUACCUGAUUAGGGCAGAUAAACUCAUAACUAACGAGGCUAACGAAUAUUUCCGAAAAACAUUUAUGUACUUACAUCGAAUUUCGUUUAUUUUGAUAGAAUUUUCAAUAUUCGUAUACGAAUUGAAGAAACCGUAGUUAUGCACUGGCAUAGUGUAAGAAACACAUUUUUGGCUGACUUAAGCAGAAGCAUAAAGCAUUUAAUUUGUAAUCCAACCAUUUGUAAAAAAAACCAUCAGACUUCAAGAUAUUUUUUUAAAGGCUCUUCUCUACUUAUUCUUUAAAUAAGACGCAGAAUAUCUUAACCAAAUUCAUUGAAUGUUGUGAUACAAUAAGGCGCCAAUACGGAAAUAGGGAUAUUAUCGGAUAUUGAAGUAUUUUUAAGUUGAAAGUUUUUCUAAAUAUUGUGAAAAGUGUCAAUUCAUCGGAAUACGAUUAUAUUUUAUUUGUUUUAUUAUAAUGAUAAGCUGUAAGAUAUUUUAUGAAUUAAAAGCAUCCCAAGGAGGAGGAAAUCAGAAAACGCACGAAGAACUACUUUAAGCUCUGAAACGUACUGUAAGCACAUCUUAGCUUUCGGAGACACACAGGGAAUUAAAAAUGUAAACCAAAAAUAUACAUUUUGAAGAUUGCA